CAACAUUCCGUUUCUCUCUCGUUAAUUGCCCGUUAGUUUGUAUUCUGAGGACCAGCCCUUUUUCGUAUUUGUCUUCCUCUCGAGCCCAACAGGCCCAGCGGUUCCAGGAAUUCAGGAUUCCCUUCCUCUGUCCGCACUUUGGCCGCAGAAGACCAUCUGUUCGAUGGAAUCAGCUGGGAUCUCGCUUCGCCGAUGCACGCUCAAACUCCCUCUUGCACAUCCAUUCUUCUCCUCUCCAGCGGAAGUUAUGGAAAUCCAGUGGACUCGAUCAUCUUCACUCCUCUCCCCUGGCCGUAUAAAUCCUUGUUGUUCCGUUGGCAGGAGAUUUUUCCCGCAGCUUCACACUUCUCCAGUGCUGACGAGCUUGCAAGCAAUCUUGUGCACGCAUUGUUCAUUUUCAGAGCAAACACAUCACUGCGCUAUAAAGAUGGAAUUUCCCAACAAUGACCCACCUGAAUCCAGUGAAGCAGCAAAAAAUCGAAAAAGAAGGGAGCGAUAUGCGUCAAAUGAAGAACGACGCGCAGAAAUAAACUCACAGCGAAGAAUUGCCUAUGCAACAAUGGACCCAGAAAAAAAGCGCAAAAUGCUAGACGAAGCUAAUAAAAAACGUAGGGCCGCAUAUCAUGCGUCUAAAGCCUUAUCCAACCAGCGUCUUCCCAUUGCUAAACCACAGGCAGCACCUGCGCAAAUUUUGUCAACGAACAGUAGGGUGGCGAAUCUGCCUGGUGAUAGAAGUGUCACACAAUCCUUGAUUCCCACAUAUAGCAUGUCACUUCCCUCAGAACCUUCUCUGCUUAAACAAUGUCUACCGUGCCACCACUGUGAGGCCGUGCGCAUUCAAUAUGAACCAUCGGGAUUUUGUUGCUCAGCUGGUCAAACUGUUUUGGUAUCUAACAAAAUUCCUCCAAUCUUGAAACGAUACUUCUAUGAUAAUGAUUCCGUUGCUCGCCAAUUUAAGUCAUGUGUACGCACUUACAACAACACGUUUUCCUUCACAUCUCUAGGCGUACACAACUACGACAGAGAUUUGGCACGAAUUAUGGCGUUCCAAGGGCCAAAUUACAUGUCACAAUCGAAGAUGAGACAGGAUCUUUCAGUGGAAUAAUGUUUGGCUUGUGCGCUGAAAAGUUAUUGCUUAUGACAAGCAAGCAAGUCAUGGAAAUAGAAUCACAGGGGAAAAAAGCUUCAUUCCCAUACAUAAACAAGCGCCUUGCUAAGGAAGAGUACAUAGUCCAGUUGAGGUCUUCGCCAGACAAUUGGAGUUCAAAAAACAACUAUCCUCGUACUUCAAAGACAUCUUAUAUCAUAACAUCUUUGCACGAGUCUUCGUUGCACAUAAUAUAGAUGGAUGAAGCAAAUGCUGCCGAUCACACUGCACCCAGUGAAAGCACAAGCACUUCAAGUCCUCCAACGAAACGCAUCAAAACAGUGUGACAGAGAAUACACAACCAUCCAAACCAUUCCACGGCUCACCAAACUGUGUUAUUACAUUCAAAUACUUUCAUAUUUUGCAGUACUAUGUUCCAUUUUGAUUUUUGAAUGUUAUCGCUCCUGCAACCAUAAACAUAUUUUCCCAUGAUACACUACUAAACUUGUUUCCAUGAUACAAUAUUAUGUCUAUUUCUUCUCAUUUUAAUAAAUUACACACUAAUAAUGCAA